AUGAGUGCAACGGAUGUUAAACAUGCGAUCGAGGUGCCUAAAGCUCAACGUAAGGAACGACCGUUCUAUAAGGCCAACGAUAAACCGCCAUUCCUUCUCGCUUUGCUCUUUGGGUUUCAGUACUUAAUUGCGAUUCUUACGUCGUGGGGUUUUUGCUUGUUUUUGACGGUGGCCAAUUUGGUACCAGAGGAUAGCGCGGCACGACUAGAUAAAAAUGAGACAUUGGCUGUGAUACGACACGCUCCAUGGUUCCGUCUACCUUAUCCAGGACAAUUUGGCGCACCUCAGUUCCAUAUGGGUCUCUUUUUGGCAUUCGUUGUGUCGGCGUUGACCUCAGUGUUCGAGUCAGUGGGUGACUAUCAUGCUGCUGCGAGGGUUUCUGAUGAACGAUCACCGCCAUCGCAUGCAAUCAAUCGCGGAAUUCUUGCCGAAGGGUCAGGAUCAUUUUUGGCUGGCUUAUUCGGUACAGGAGUGGGCAUGACAACACACACUGAGAAUAUUGGAGUUAUCGGUGUCACAAGGGUGGCAAGUCGAUAUACAAUGGUAAUCGCUGGUCUGAUGCUCAUCUUUCUGGGUGCGUUUACAAAGCUAGGCGCUGUUUUGUCUACAAUACCGGAUCCGUUGGUUGGCGGCGUUUUAGCCAGUAGUAUGGCGAUGGUUGGAGGUGUGGCGAUCGCGAACGUUCAACAGGUCGAUUUGAAGUCAUCAAGAAAUAUCGCCAUUUUGGGUUUCUCCAUAAUGGUCGGUAUGAUUGUGCCGCAGUAUUUCAAAGAUCAUCCCAUUCAGACAGGCAAUGCUACUCUGGAUCAAGUCCUGCUUGUACUGCUUACAUUACCGAUGUUCGUUGGUGCUUUCGUUGCGUGUAUUCUCGACAACACUGUUACAGGAGUGACACGAGAGCAACGUGGUCUGCGAUCUCGAGGUCUUGCUUAUGAUUUGGGCGAGAAUGGUGUUGACACGUACGCCUUCUCACCGUUCCUUAUGAAACUCGUCGAGAAGAUACCAUUUCUGCAGUUCGUACCAUUUUUACCGAAAGAAAAGAAGAUCACCAAUCGUGUCAGUACGGGACCUUAG